AGAGAGGAAGAGAGAGAGAGAGGAGGGACACGGAGCAGAACAGAGAGCGAGUCUGUUUUCAGCUCCCAGUUCACUGUCGCUCCUCUGCCAGACAGCACUCACCCAUCCACCAUCACACACUCUCAGACACAUUUGCUCUCACUAUACCGACAGCUGACAACACCUUCUCAUUUCCUCAGCUGCAGCACCGACCCGCAAAGUCAGAUCCAAAGGAAAGGGGGGAAGAAAAAGAAAAAAAAAAACUGACUCGAUUGGUACCGAGCACACCCAGAGACACACACACGCGUACAGUCGAGCAGACACACCAGCUCCGAGGCUGGGUCGAGGCUGGAGAGGGCGUCUGGAGAAUGGAAUGGGACCUCAGCAGGAUGGAAAGUGAACUGAGGCACAUCAACCCGGACCUGCUGCAGCCCAGCAAGAGCUUCAAGAAGCCCUCCUCGGGUACCAUCACCCUCAACGUAGGGGGGUUCCUGUACACGGCCCACCGGACCACCCUUGCCAAGCAACAGGGCUCGUUUCUCGAGGAGGUGGCCAACGGUAAGAAGGCGGUCCAGCACACCGAUUCCAUGGGCAACCCCUUCAUCGACAGAGACGGUCCGGUUUUUCGCCAUGUGCUCAACUACCUCCGAACAGGAGAGCUCCAGCUGCCCGAUGACUUCCGGGAGGCGGGGCUCCUGCGACGAGAGGCCGAUUUUUACCGCCUGACUGAACUGGUGGAGGCUGUGGUCGAGUGGGAAACUCAGAGGGCGGCACAGCGGGAACCCGCCUUCCUGGAGGUGACGGAUAGCCACGAGAGGUCGCAGGGCCUCAAGGUGUACUGCAGUGACCCCGCCUUCAUCGACAAGGUCAAAGGGCGGCUGGUGCAGAUCUCCAAGAGCCGCUUGGAUGGCUUUCCGGAAGAAUUUGUGGUGUCAUCCAACGUGAUACAGUUCCGACACUUCAUCAAGUCGGAGCCUGGCUCGCGGCUCGUUCUGAAGGAGGACAGCACAUUCCUGUGCACACUUGACUGUCUGAAACUAGAGACAGUGAUGCUAGCACUGAGAUCGGGCUUCAAGCUUGUCACCUGCCUUGACAGCAGCAAAGGCUCCGUGGUGGUGGCCGAGGCCCUGCAUUUUGUCAAGUAGGAUGAAGAUGAUGAAGGGGGCGGGGAGGGGGAAGAUAGAGGGAGAAGAGCCUGUUUCUAUAUCCACCCUGUGAGGUAUUGGUUUGAAAAUGUUGUAAGAUGUGCCGAGCUGUAAUGUGUCAUUGAUAGAAGAACUGGUGGGUAGGUCUGUCGUACAGGGCAGGUUUUAAAUGUUUACUGCACAAUAGUGGCUUACACACACACGGGAUAAGUUUUUGGGUGAUUGUUCUGAGCAGAAUGGUAUUUUAGCAUCACCGUUUGCACUGCUUUGUAUUUAUAGAACUCAAAAUGACCCACAUCAUCUUGACAUUUAUAGCAUCUUUAACUGCAUCUGGUUAGGUAUCAUGCAAAAGUUUAAGUGACGCGAAAGCCGACAGCGAGUCCUUUCACACAGAAGACGAACGUGUCGAACUGAGGUUUUAAAAACAGCUUUAUCAGUGGAUUCGUUUCUGCACAAGAACUGCUUCUGCUGCGUGAUGUGCACUGCUGUGCCAUUCAGCUUUUACUACAGCCUCUGUGUGUGUGUGUGUGUGCGCGUGUGUGUAUGUGUGCUGGCGUGCGUGUGCGUGCACUGCUAAACCCACCCCUGUGUGCUGUGUUUAGUUGGUUUAAUAGCUUGUGCUCAGUUUAUUAGCCUCUCCGGAGCCUGAAGGGACAGCCACAGCUCAUUCGGAUCGAUUCGGAUGGACAAAGCAAACUUCACAACCAAAUGUUUGAGUUUUAAGUGCAAAGAACUGUGAUUAUUGUAAGGGCUUUGAAUCUAGCAUGAUGCAUGUGCACUAAAUAAACUGUGUGUUUGUUAGUGCUGUGAGCCUCUGUGAAGCCAGUGCCACAAAAAAAUAAAAUGCCUAUUACUUUUCAAUGUGAGUAUUUUACAAAUAAAAGUGAGACUAAAACUCUUG